CAGACAUGUUCAAUGUUGAUGUCUAAGUGUUAAUCCAGAUAUCGGACUAUCGAAUCUUAACCCCCUUCCCUCUCGAAUUCGGUAAUAUUGAUCGUCGCUAAGUGUUCGGCUUGCUGGUCAAUCUGUCAGCGCAGAAAAGUGUAGUAAUACUUCAUGCGGCCUUCACCAACGCUGACGCCUUUAGCGCAUCACACCCCGAAUACGUGCGUGUCUGCUCUUCUGAUUGUCACGGCACAAGUACACACAGGCGCAUUUUAAAUUUGCUGCAGUGUGUAUCCCUCGUAAACUCGGUCAACGACAAAGAUGGCGCGGACCAUCAACUGUGGAUGGCGUUUUCUUAUGACAGCUACUUUGCCCCUGAUCUGCGUAAUCUUUCUUGAACCAGUGUGUGGCAACAGUCUGUAUUCUGAGGGGCACCAGGAAAGACUGGUGUCCGACCUUCUACGGGAGUACAGCCGUUAUGUGCGCCCAGUACUCAAUGAAACUAAAGUUUUGGAGGUGUUCUAUCACAUGAAGCUCUCACGGAUUCUCAAAAUAGAUGAAGUGAACCAGGUCCUUACCACCGUGGUCAGGCUGGAGCAGGACGAGAGAAACCAAAUCCUGACUACAGCAUUUUGGUUGGAGCAGAGAUGGAGGGAUGACUUUCUUGUGUGGGACCCCCUAGACUACGAUAACAUCACGGCAAUAAACAUACCCACUCGGCAAAUAUGGAUUCCAGACACUGUUUUGUAUGACAGCGCUGAUGUGGACAAGGAGCCAGGCACCGGCAUCAUGAUGACCAAUGCGGUCGUCUCCAGCGAAGGCGGGGUCUUCUGGGCCGCACCUGCCAUCUUCAAGAGCUCCUGCUCGCUCGAUAUAACAUAUUUCCCCUUCGACAAGCAGACUUGUCCAAUGAAGUUUGGGCCUUGGGCGUACAAAGGCAACGAGGUGGUGAUGAGGACCGUCGCCGAAAAAGGCGACUGGUCGCAGAUGACGACAAAUGGCCAGUGGGAGCUGCUGGACAUGCCUGUUGUCGCACACCUGGUCGAGUACGGCUGCUGCCCAGACCCCUUCUCCGAUGUCACGUUCACGCUGAAGCUCCGCAGAAAGGCCCUGUUCUACGUCUUCAGUCUGCUCUUCCCGUCCAUCUUCAUGUCUCUGAUCUCUUUCCUGAGCUUCUACCUCCCGGCGGAGUCUGGGGAGAAGAUAGGCCUGAACAUCACCGUCUUGCUGUCGCUGGUCUUCUUCUUGCUGCUUGGGGCCCAGCUGUUGCCGCCAACUUCGGACACUGUGUCUCUGCUCGGUCAACUGCUGGCAACUAUCAUCGUUGUCAUGUCCCUGGAAACUGCCGGAUCUGUCGUCAUUCUUCGACUGCACCACCACAUACCCAGCCGUCCCCCGCCUCGUUGGGCUCGUAAGCUCAUUCUUGAUCGCCUGGCCUACUUCCUGCGAAUUAAGGGACGACGCCAUGCCUUCCACGACUACACCAGUGCUGACGGCGAAGAGUUAGAGGGAGAGAAGGCGACUGCCCCCCAUCGCUGUGACGACCUCUUCGAGUACGACCAACAAAACUCCCUACUGAACAGCCAGGCCCUCGGGGUGAGCCUCCUGCAGCAGCUGCAAUUGGAGCCGGGGAGCUACGGGGCCAAGGACACAGGCGGGCCGGGGGGCUUCAUGGCCGAAGGUGCCGCCGAGUACGGCACGGACGCCACGGAAGUCAGCCUCGGCGCGACAGUCCAGCGGAUCGGCCGAUAUAUCGACAAGCUUGUGAACAGAUGCAAGCGAAAGGAGAAGAUUUCCUUGGUCCAGCAACAGUGGAUUGACAUGUGCGUGAUCCUGGAUAGAUUGCUGAUGCUGCUCUUUGCUUUGGCCAUCGUAAUGACGUCACUGAUUAUUAUUCUUAAAAUGACCCUUAAUUAUGACUAGGAUCAAUGACUUUGCGUACCCAUGGUGUUGUUGGCAUUAGAAAUAUUGGUUAUUCAUUUUAAAAUGCUCAUGGAAAGUACAAAAUUCCGAUGCCUGCACUCUAUAAGACCCAGGAUUGUGGUCCAACGAAAUGGACUUGAUGAAUUUAUACUGAACUGGUUUAAUUUGUAAAUCCAUACACACUGCACAAUCGUUCAUUCAAAUAACAAACAGUUGAAUUUUAGAUACAAAAGACUUCAUUACACCAAAUACAAAAUAGUACUAAACAUUAAAAGAUCUCAUAAUGGUCAGUGAUGGGGAACCUAUUCAAAGACAAAAGGGAGAAGCAAGUUCAUUUACAUGUAAUGGUGUCUGGUGAGUCUCUGCAGUUUAAGCGAGUUGGUAUAAUUAUUCAUACUGGUACUUAAUACCAGCGGGGAGGAUGAAGAAAUUGGUAGCUAGGGUCUCCUAGCUCCAAAACUCGACACAAUAGUCGAGGAUUGAACGCGGUCCCAUUCAUCUGACAUGUUUAGAGUCAGUUCCUCAUACACAUGCAUUUAAUGUGUAUCGACAACAUGCAUGAUAAAUUGGGUAGUUUAACUGGUGACGCAAGAUGUUACCCUCGCCCAUCUCUUUUCUAUUAUACUAUGUGUGUGGCAUGUGCGUUUUCUUAACUUUAAAAGUGGAAGUGUUUCAGUUAAACUUUCCCGCCAAGUAGUGCACCAUAGGUCGUUUCGUCAAUUAAUUUCCACUUCCUGGAAAUAUCCAGUCCUCAUUACGCUUGUCUUUAUAUAACAGAUAGAUGUUGUUUAAAGUGUCUCAGUUAUAAUAAAUUAUAAUUUUUACUAAAAUAAAAACUAGUUGUCUUGUUUUUCCCGCACUAAUCUUGCAAAACAAAAUUGCACCAGAUUUCCACAUGAGCUAAAUGUUUUAGCAGUCUUAAAAUGACAUUUGAUAGUCUUCUUGAAAAAGAAAGAAAGGGCCAGGCCCUCUUAUAAUACAGUAAAGGAAAAAAGCAAGGUGUUGAAGAUUGUUUAAAUGUCGGAGUACAAAACAAAAACCAAGCGUAUCCGGUUCGUAAGUGUGACGUUACUUCAGUUCAGACCACGCCCACUGCAGGUACGGCUAUAUGGUACCAUGGAACCGAAAGGUAACGUGUAACUAGAGUGCUCGUCCAAAGGAAGCUCGCAAUCUUGCAAUCAGUGGUGCGUGCGCGUGUAUGGUAAAGUCACUUACAGACCAGAUACUCACUAAUCGCUCUGUUAAGUUUAUCAACAUAUGUGCUGACUAUACCGUAAUUCAUUAAAUAAACCUUCCUUUUAAGAAAAAACAAGGACAAAUUUCGUGAAAUUUUUGUUCUCUUUCAAUAUUGCGACAUGGCUUCCGAAUAGG